AUGAAGUAUUUGUUGGUAUUUUUAGUUUUCUUUGUAGUCGCCACUGUCGCACUAGCAGGUAGUGGAUGUAACGUAGUACCCUGCAGCGAUUAUUGCCAGUCGGUAGGACAUUUUGGAGGAUAUUGCGUUGGACCAACUUUGGAUACCUGUCAUUGUUACGAUGUUGGCCACAAAAACUAA